AUGAAAUCCCCCCACCCCGGCGACUUCAACCAACCGUCCGAAGCGGUCUUCCGCAAUGUCGAGCGACAAUCGCCCUCGUCGAAAUCUCGCGACGACCCGCACACGCAGAACCAGGACGAGCGAGGCCGCGCACGUCUGGCGCACGAGCAGGGAGGGCGGCCGCGGCGGCGUCCUACGGCGUCGAGGUCUAGGAGUCGCAGUAGUGGGAGUGCCUCGAAGAGGUUGGCGAAUUCGCGGCCGCGGUCGAAGAUGAGGGCGUCGAGUAUGGGGAAGCCGGAGUAUAGGUAUGCUUAUUAUUAG